AUCUACUUUUUGAAAAAUAUUUUUAUGAAUUAGGAAACAUAUUAUAGGAUAUUUUUAUACAGUAUUAUAGAUACAGUAGUCUCUAAACAUAUAAUCAAUAAUAACUUUGAUUUAACGGCAAAUUUUUUAUUAGUGCAAAAAUUAGUGCAAAUAUUCUCUACGAAAUGGUUACCGAAGUGGAAGAUUUGACUACCAUUACUGCUGAUAAUGUCACGACAACUGAAGUCAAAAAUAAAAGACCGGAAAGAAAAAGUGGGAAUUAUAUUAUGGAUGUCAUCAAUAAGUCAAAUACAGUUCAUAUAGUGUUUUCAAUGAAAGAAGAAGUGGGUGCACUGGCAGAUGCUCUUCAGAUAUUUAAGGAUAACGGUGUAAAUCUGUACCGAAUUGAGUCCCGUUCCUCAAAACGAUUUAAAGAUGACUACGAAUUUUUAGUGGAGUGUUGUGGUGGCAAUAGUCUUAACAGUGCAUUGGAUCAAAUUAAACCAUUGGCACACUAUUUGCAGGUCAUAUCGCGUGACCAAACUUUAACCGAUUCAACUGUUCCCUGGUUUCCCAAUCGUAUCAGAGAUUUAGACCGAUUUGCUAAUCACAUACUAUCGUAUGGAUCGGAAUUAGAUGCCGACCAUCCCGGAUUUAAAGAUGAAAAAUAUAGGGUUCGGCGUAAAUAUUUUGCAGAUCUGGCCUAUAAUUACAAACAUGGUCAGCGCCUCCCACACAUUGACUAUACUGAUGAAGAAACUGCUACCUGGGCUAUAGUAUUCAGUAAUUUGACAAAACUCUAUGAGACACACGCCUGUCGUGAACACAAUCAUAUUUUUCCGCUAAUGAUUGCAAACUGUGGUUAUAGAGAGGAUAAUAUACCUCAACUGGAAGACGUGUCCAACUUUUUAAAAGAUUGUACCGGUUUUAUACUGAGACCAGUGGCCGGUCUAUUGAGUUCUCGUGACUUUUUGGCCGGACUUGCCUUUCGAGUGUUUCAUACGACUCAAUAUAUACGACACCCGUCGAUGCCGUUGUACACACCAGAGCCGGACAUUUGUCACGAGUUGUUAGGUCACGCACCACUUUUUGCAGAUCCAAGUUUUGCCAAUUUUUCACAAGAGAUUGGUUUGGCCUCAUUGGGUGCGCCCGAUGACUACAUUGAAAAGUUGGCCACUUGUUAUUGGUUUACCGUUGAGUAUGGUCUGUGCAAACAAAACGGACAAAUUAAGGCUUACGGCGCUGGACUUCUAUCCGGUUAUGGUGAACUAGAAUAUUGUUUAAGUGGUAAACCAGAUAUCAGGCCAUUUGAUCCAUACGUGACGUGCAAUCAAAAGUAUCCCAUCACUCAAUACCAACCCAUCUAUUUCCUAUCCGAGAGCUUUGAAGACGCCCAACAAAAGUUAAGGGACUUUGCACAAUCAAUUCCCCGAUCGUUUACAGUGCGAUACAAUCCAUAUACUCAAGGUCUUGAAAUAAUCAACUCUAAUGUUCAAUUGGAAACUAUGGCUCGCAAUAUACAAAGUGAAGUACAGCUUCUGGUGGAUGCUAUGAAAAAAAUUCAUUAAACACUAUAUAAAGAAAAAAACUAAUAACAGUAUUAUAUAAUAA